UCAGGGAUUAAGGAAGCUCUUUUUGGUUUUGUCAUGGCGGCUACUGUCAGUUACACCGAUAUUUUAGACUUUUUGGAUCCUCAGGUAGGGAAAUAUGUGGGCGCGUUACUGAGAGAAAAUAAUGUCGGUGUUUGUGGAGGACCGUUGCAUGUACUAGAACCAAAAACUGGGAGACAUACCAUUACACAGAGACAUUGCUGUGAUCGUUUCAAGAUUCAGAUUCCAUUUGCUGGAAAUACUUUGAUAUGGCAGGUCAUGCUGGACAGUAUGCAUCCAUCAGAGCCUCCUGAUUUCAUCUUUAAUUCCCAUGACUUCGGAUUCAUGCCUGAUAUAGAGGACAUAAAGAGUCUGGUGAACUGGGACGCUGGAGCUGAGAACUCAUUGUCUCUUGUGAUCAAUGAGCUUUUGGUAGCUUAUAAAGAUCAUCAGAGGAGCCUACUGAAUGAUCGGCUACAGUUUGAGUAUACCUCUCUCCUUGAAACUGGCAAAUUCACAACAAUAGAGGUGCACCACAGCAGGAAAACACCAAGGGGGCCAUUGACUGUUAAUUUCCUAAUCAGAUUACCUGUGGACUUCUCAAACAUACCUGAAUUCAUUACAAAGGACAACCCUGGAGAAGAUGCAGCUAUAUUAUUAGUUAGUUUCCAAAAUCAAGAAGCUACCAAAGUUUCACCUCAGCUAUAUUUGUCUCCCCGAGUUGAACAUGCGCUUGGUGGAGCAGCCUCUUUGCGAAUACCUGUUUUCCAGAAUGGUGGUUGUCUGAUGGACUAUGUUCCUAAUGUCUUUCAGCUACUUGAAAACAUGGUUGACCAGAUUGUUAAAGGAUUCCAAAAGAGAAAGGAGUACAUUGCAGCAUUUUUGAGUCAUUAUGGGAGGGCAGUGCUGGAAUACGAUGCAGAAACAUACAACAAGAUCUCUUUGCUAUUUGAUUGGGAGGAUUUCUACUUCAUCUUGCACAUUAACAUUCCAACUUUCUUCCCACGUGACCAGCCGCAUUUUGAGUUACAAUCUGUAUAUCACAUGACUACAUAUAGCAAACCAAUCAUUGCAACUAUAAAGGAUUAUCCCUACAGCCCACGGUGGAGUGGCAACGAGAUGGCAGAGAGAGCAAAAGUAUAUCUGGAGCAGUAUAUGCCAGAGUUUAAGAGAUCCUCCAUGCACCUGUCUGCAAGCAGAAUGAGGUGACACCCCUUACACACAAAGUAUGUUACCAAAUAGUUAGCAGAAUGACAAGACUGUAUUAGAUAUCAGUGUCUCACUUCUCCGUAACACAGACAGUGAUGUGGAAGAAUGUAUACAUAAUUAUUUAGUAGGAAAUGGAACAAGUGGAAAAUCUGGAGACUCCCAUCAGAAGUAGUAGAGCACUUCUGCGAAUUAUUAUUAUUUUAUUGUGUGAGUUGAUGUCCCUCAAAAAAUGAUGGACAAGGUUAAUACUGGCAUGUCAUUGUGAUCACAAAUUAGCACCGAUAAUGGAUCAAAGUCAAGUCCAGGUACAAAAAUCAUCCAAGUUGCUCGUUUCCGCGGAAUUCCGCUUUUUUUUUUUUUUUUUUUUUACGUGAAAAAAAAAACAAAAAAAGGGGGAAAAAUUUUUAAAAAAUGUAAAACCUUAUAUAUGCCUGGCAUAAACAGUGUACAGCUACAAUCAUGUAAAAUAAGCCUAGUACAUGCUAAAAAUGCACUUAAGAGCAUAUUAAAAUAAACCUCAACACUUUCUAGGGUACCAUUGUGGGUAUCAUGUCCCGUGGCGUUUCGGCUGCCUCGCUCCGCACUUGCGUUGUUCCUUUGAAAAUUUUCCUCUUUUUUUUUUCAACGGGCAGUUGCAUGCCUGAUUGGUACAAUUUUUUGCUAAUGUAAAUGUGGUAUUGACUGGAAUUUUGUGCAUGCCUUUAAACAUCAUACUACAUGUGUCAUUAGUUGUGGUUGUGUACAAACAAUCUCAUCAAAAAACUUGACCUCAAAAUAAUCCUCUUUCCAGUAGUAUUUAAACAGCAAUUGUACAUUUAAUUGUUUUUUUAAACUAGAAUGGAGUCAUCUUGGUGUAUGUCGACAACAUGUUCAAUGUUUUAUCCAUUUGUUGUAUUACAGUGUACAGUGUACUAUUUCUUGCUGUUAUUGAAAUCAAGCAAGUGACUUGCACUGUGGGCUUGAAGGUGUCCGCGUAAUGAGACAAUCUUGAUAAAAUGGUAUCUUGAUAUCUUGGUAUUCAUUUCACACAAAUUUUACAACAUUGGGAUAGUGAUUACUGGGCAAUGCAUGCAGUUGCUGACCCUUUUAUUUCUUCUUGAAUGGUUUAUUAUUUACAAUAUGCUUUAAAUUACCUCGCCAUUAAUGAAUACAGAUCAUCUGAUUGUAAUGGUCAAAACUUUAUUUCCUUCAAUCAAACUUGAAUCCUCGAUUCUGAUUGGGUGAUCCAUGGCAACAACAGUGUGAUAUCAUUUCUUGUUGCCAUGAUCAAUAUCACACCAUUGGUAAUAUACAUGUUUUGUUCUUACAUUGUGUACUGCACUAUUUAAAACUGCACUAUUUAAGUCUGCUUCAAGAUAACUGUGUUAUAACAUGCAUGUUCAUUUUGUGUAUAGCUUAGAAUAGCAAAACACACCGAGUUAGAAUGGCGUAAUAUUCAGCGUGUAAUAUGAAAUCUCUGCCUAGCCCACUAACUAACAUACGGACAACCUGAGGAAUUAUUCCAAAAUUUGACUGGAACAAUAUAAAUUUGCUUAAAGGGAAGGUACACGUUUGGUAAUUACUCAAAACAAAUAUUAACUUAAAAACUGACUUGGUAACGAGCAUUGUAUAGGCUGUCAAAGUAGCUGCAGCUGCAAAUUGUGAUAUGGCCCAAGACUCAAGGACUCUGCUAGGGUCAAAGCAUGGGGUCGUUAAAACAUUUGUUGCAUGUUCUUGUUUAUUCACAAAACAGUACAUUUUUAUAUAUACAUGUAAAUCCUUAGCAAACUUCCUAAAACUCAUCUUUUUAUAACUAGUCUAAGCUCUUUAUCAUCUAUGCUAUUAUUAUUAAUAUAAGUUUGUAAAGUUUAGCGAAAAUAUAUGCAAAUAUGUUCUCUUCAAUCUGCCAAGAAAAUAGGUUAUUAUUAAUGUGUCAUCAAUACUUCAUAGCGUAAUCUAACAAAUAAAGGAUUAUUCAAUGGGAAUAUAUGUUAUUAAAAAAACAAGGAAGAGGCAUUAUCACGAUAAUGCUUGUUAGAUUUUGUGUUCCUAUAGGGAUUAAUUGAUGUUACUAUUUAUUGCUAUUUAAUUAUUGUAUAUAACAUCCAAUUUGGCCUGUGGGCCACGAAAUGUGAACCUAAUCGAAUUAAAUGAAAUGAGUUGCAUGCAACAUUCUCUCUGGCGUUUUGGUGAUAUCUCAAAACCUGACCAGCUUUUGAAAUUUAAUUUUCGCAGGUUAAUUUUAUUGUAUAAAACUACAAAUGGGAUUAAUAUAAUCAAACGGUUAAAAAAACAAAGGUAUUUCCAUGCCUUUAAAGACAAACAAUUUGCUGAGCAAAUCUUUUUGGGGAGGAAAAAAUAUUCCUUUACUACUGGAAAACUUCAAACUUUGAAAUGACAAAAACAAACCUAAUGUAUCUGACAUACUAAAAAAUUAUUAGGUCUCAUUUUACAGUUUCCAUUUUAUAAAGUGUCACUUAACCGACAAAAUGCUAUAUUGUCCUUGCAUACAUGUAGUAAUCUUCUGGUCCUAUCAAAUAUACAUUUUUUGAACUGUGAAAGAUAUAAUUUGUAUGUACCAGAAUAAAUACGAAAAAGUUCAAUGUUAA